CCAAUGGCCGCCCCACCAAUGGAUUUUGAAGAGGUCAUCCCAGGCACGCGACGUCUCUAUGACGAGAAUGGCAACAAUCUACCUGGAGAUGCUUCGCUAUUGAAGCACGGUGACAUUGUUCUUGUGCCACAGCCUUCGGAGUCUCCAAACGAUCCGUUACGAUGGUCCAAACCAAGGAAGAUCUGGCACUCUAUCCUGGUCCUUUACAUAGUCGGUUUAACAGCCGCAACGUCUAACAACGCUGGAUCCGGAUCAGACGGUGUAAAUGAAGAGUAUGGCAUCAGCUAUGAUGUUUUUAAUACUGGCGCCGGUGUGCUGUUCAUUGCCAUUGGAUACUGGACUCUGCUAAGCUCCCCGCUUGUUCACUUGUACGGACGGAGAAUUGGAUACCUCAUUUCUAUGCUGGUCAAUAUCGGUGGUCUUAUCUGGUAUGGCCGCAUCACCAACGUUGCAGGCGUUGUUUGGAGCCAGCUGUUUGUCGGCGCAGCUGAAUCGGUCGGCGAAGCCACCGUCCAACUUUCGCUCCUUGAUAUCUGGUUCGAGCACCAGACUGGAAGCGUCUUGGGUAUCUACACCUUUGCAACCGCCAUUGGCACAUAUCUAGGACCGCUCAUUGGAGCGCAUCUGGCGGAAGGACUAGGCUGGCGUUGGAUCGGCUAUGCAGGUGCUAUUAUCUGUGGCAUCAGUCUUAUCGUAAUCUUCUUUGGUCUAGAAGAGACGGAAUUCAACCGCGACCGCUUUUUGACUCGAAAUGGAGACCGCUACCUGGUGGAUGCCGCUCAGUCGCUGCCGGAGAAGACCAUCGAACACGCAUCAGUCGGGAUUCUCCCUGAUGAAGACUCGUUUAAUAAUGCCGAAGACGGGUAUCCUUCCGAAGCUGCCCGCAACCGCAUGUCGCUGUCAUACGGCCAGCGCAAGACCUACUGGGACCGCAUCAGGAUUAUCACUCCCGCUCCCAACCUGCGCGGUACUGGCGCGAAGCAAUACCUCAACCGCCUCUGGCACACUCUACGCGUCUUCACCUUCCCAGCCGUCUGGUACGCCGGUCUACAGUGGGGCUUGCAAAAUAUCUGCCUCACGUUCUACCUGACCGUACAGGAGGACUGGUGGUAUAACGAGCCCUGGAACUAUACUCAGACCGAAGUAGGCAACAUGAAUCUUCCAACACUGAUUGGCAGCUUGAUCGGGUGUGCGUACGGCGGCUACGGCAGUGACAAGUUCAUGCAGUGGAUGAUCAAGCGUAAUAAGGGUGUCAUGGAGGCUGAGUUCCGUCUGUAUCUCAUGGCACUCUGCACUGUUGUCUUUCCAGCUGGUAUGUGGCUGUUCGGCAUUGGGUCUGCGCGCGGAUGGGACUGGCCUGUGCCGUACGUGGGCUUGGGAUUUAUCGGUUUCGGUUAUGGCUGCGCCGGUGAUCUGAGUUUGUCUUACCUCGCCGAUUCUUUCCCUGACAUGGUUCUCGAGGGAAUGGUGGGCGUUGCUGUCAUCAACAACACCAUAGCCAUGCUUUUCACUUUUGUUGCGAGUUACUGGAUUGAUUCUGGAAUGGAGAAUUGUUUCAUCGUUCUGGGUGUGCUCAGCUUUGUGAUCAUGGCAUCGAGUUGGCCUAUGAUCGUGUAUGGUAAGCGCACUCGUCGCUGGGCAAGAGACAGGUACUUGAAGUUUGUUGAGAUCCGUGACGGCUUUUCGAAGUAGGAGUUCUGAUGAGAUGGGACUCACUGGAAUGUAUGGAUUAAACGCGUUCUAUGUAAAAAUCAAGAUCGGUGGAGGUAUCAGGUCACGCAAUUACUGAGGAUGCUGUACAAUAGAUCAAGGACACUCACGCGAAACUUCAUCAAUCGCGAAUUAAAGACCACAAAUGCUCCAACAGCAUUAAGAUACUCAUAGGCCCCUUUUAACUUGGCUUCUUCAGAUUGACACGCUUUCCUGUCUGCUUCACUGGAUUGAGG